CAUUUCCUUCGCUCCACUUCUGAGCCUAUAAAUAUGGCGCUUGUUCCCUUCAUCACUUCAUAUCAAAAACCAUUUCAAAGAGAGAAAAAAGAAGAAAGAAAUACACAAUGGCAGGAAUCAUGCACAAGAUUGAGGAGACUCUGAACAUUGGAGGCAAGAAAGAUGAGCGCAAGGGUGAGACACAAGGGGGGUACAACCAACAGGAUCACAGGGGCCAACAGGAUCACAGGGGCGACGCACAAGGUCCGCGCAAGGAAGGGUUUGUUGACCAGAUGAAGGAUAAGAUCCCGGGGGGAGGCGGAGGCGUGCACAAGGGUGAGACACAAGGUGGGUACAACCAACAAGAGCACAGGGGCGGUGCAGGUGGGUACAACCAACAAGAGCACAGGGGCGGCGCACAAGGUGAGCGCAAGGAAGGGUUUGUUGGCCAGAUGAAGGACAAGAUCCCCGGCGGUGGCGGUGGCGGUGGCAUGACGCAAGGUGGGUACAAUCAACAAGAGCACAGGGGCGGUGGGGGUGUUGGCAUAACGCAAGGUGGGUACAAUCAACAAGAGCACAUUGGCGGCGCACAAGGUGAGCGCAAGGAAGGGUUUGUUGGCCAGAUGAAGGACAAGAUCCCUGGCGGUGGCGGUGGCAUGACGCAAGGUGGGUACAAUCAACAAGAGCACAGGGGCGGUGGGGGUGGUGGUGGCAUGACGCAAGGUGGGUACAAUCAACAGGAGCACAUUGGCGGCGCACAAGGUGAGCGCAAGGAAGGGUUUGUUGGCCAGAUGAAGGACAAGAUCCCUGGCGGUGGCGGUGGCAUGACGCAAGGUGGGUACAAUCAACAAGAGCACAGGGGCGGUGGGGGUGUCGGUGUUGGUGGCAUAACGCAAGGUGGGUACAAUCAACAAGAGCACAUGGGCAAUGCACAAGGUGAGCGCAAGGAAGGGUUUGUUGACAAGAUCAAGGGCAAGAUCUCGGGGGGUGGCCGUCCUAGUGGUGUACGUGGUGUAGGAGAAGAGAAAUAGAAGAAGAAGAAUGAUGCUGGCAGCAGUGACAGCGACUAUAAAUCUCGCACUGCUUCCAUGCAUUAGGUGUGGAGGAGGUCGAGGUCCUGUCUACCGGUGUCUACCGGUGUUGCAGAUUAUCACUAGCUAGUAAAAGAAAAGAAAAAAGAAGCUGUACUGUUCAAUAUUUUGUAUCUUGCUUAUAAGUGGUGUUGCUAGGCCAGGGAACACUGUAAACCGAAAAUGAUAUUAUACAAUAAGAUAAUAAUUAUUAUAAA